CCCCGGCUUGUGCGCGCGCGCUCUCUAAUAAAAACAAAUCUUAAAAAAAAACGAGGGAUUUAGUGCACUUGUUACGUAUGAAGCGUCCUAUCAAGUGUGAUACCGCGUGUCCCAGGAGCACGAGGUACCGCGAGCCUCUGCAUAUCCCUGGAACACAGCGCAAGUUUGUGAGUGAGUUUUCGGGGAAAACUAAGAGAGCGGGGUUUCCGGCUUCGAGCCGAGAGGCCGCCGCGUCCGGGGGAAGGCGGAGGCGCCGACGCUGCCCAGGACAAGACUCCGGGAUCCGCACCUACGGAACCCCAGGCCGGGCGGGGGAGGAGCCUGAGCCGGGAGCGGCCGCACCGGGAGGGGAAUCCCCGGAGCCCAGAGGAGCGGGCGCGGCCGGCUGGCGAGGGGGGCGGGCCCACGCCCCGAGAGCGGGAGAGGCGGCCGGCGCCCGGACUCAAGCCGCCUUCCCCCCGGCGCCCGCCAGCAAGGCGCGCCGCCCGCCCCGAGAGGGGAGGCCGCGGAGGGCCCACCCCCGGCCCGCGCCGCCCCCGUGACCCGCCCCCCAGCGCCGGCGCCGCCCCGGCCGAGACCCCGGGUCUUGACAGACGGCGCCGGCGAGGGGC